UCCCAUGUUACCAAUACAUACAUUUUUCGAAAUUAAAAGUUGAUCUAAGCAGAUAUCUAUUUAGACAUAAAUGCGUUGUAACAAGGGAAACCGGGUUUUAAUAUCAUCUUGUUUGGUUAUUGCCACUGGUUGAAGUAGCUGAUCACAGCCUCAAUACUUUAGCAGCAAAAGCUUAGGGAAUAUUACAAGUGAAUCGAAUUAUCUCAACAUGUCUGGCAAAGAGAUACAAGUGUUUGUCAAAGGCAUUUCAGCAAGUACGUCAAACUUAAUCAUUGACAAGAAUGCCACAGUAGCAGAACUGUUUGAAAAGUUUUCUGAACAUAUUGGGUUGACUGGAAAUUUUGGAUUAGUUUAUGGAGGAAAAGAACUAAAAGAGGUAGAUCCGAAUGGAAAGGUGAUGCACAUUAAAGAUUAUGGGAUAGAAGACGAGUCAACUAUUGGUGCUGUAAUGCGCUUACCAGGUGGCUCUGAAAAUGAAAAAAGGUAUGGUCCGAAAGUCAAACUUUCUAGAAAACCCGAUAUGCUCGGUAUCGACGAUCAAGCUAUUGAUAUGUCAUGUGGACAUGCCAUAGGACCCACAUCCAUGACAAAUUAUGUUCAAACUGAAGUUGCGGACAAAAAACAUACAAUUUGUUGUCCAGCUAUGGUCGAUGAUAAGAAAAAUGAAACAUGCAGGCAGCCAUGGGAAUUUAAGAAGAUUAAAAAAGUUGCACUAUUUACAAAAAAUGAAAGGACCGAUGUUGAAGGGAAGAUAUCCGACAAUUACAUACGGUACGCCUUAAAAAGCCAACAGUGUCCGAAAUGCAAAUCAAACUGCGUGAGGAAAGAUAAAAGUAAUCCCCGGGUCAUUUGUUUAUAUUGCUCUGCUGCAUCGAACGUCCUUUUCGAAUUUUGUUGGAUAUGUCUUCGUGUGUGGAGAACUUCUGGGACAAAUACUUGCGGGAACGAAAAUUGCGAAAACCAAGAAACUGAUUCUCCUGGUCCAUGUACAAACAACAUGUCUCAGACGUCCACAGAUAUGCUUGGAAGGUGGAAAGAAAGAGCGAGUCAGUUUUUUAGGGAUUUGUUUUUCUGUUGUUACAAUAUGCAUGACUACAUCGAAUGAUUUUGUUUACAAUUUUUACGAAAGCAGAAUGUUUUGAUUUUCCUAAAACACUUUGAUAGAAAAAAGAGUUUAAAGUGACAUUAUGCUCAUAGUCAAGUUGAGCUAAAUUGACUUUUUAUUUCAAAUGUUUGACUGUUGAAAUGGUGUUGGACCAACAGUUCAUUUUGGAAAAUGUUUAUAAUAAAAUUCAAAAUCUGCCUAAAAUAUAAAAAGACUGCCCAACUCUUUCUAUAAACUAAACGUUUCAGGUAAGUUCUAAUUGAUAUAUACAGAAAUUCGGUUUCGAUCCGGGGUUAUUUAUUGUUUAUAUGAAGUAAAUUAUUAAAUUAAAAGAAAUUAUGGCUAUAUAAAAACUUAUUUUGACUUACACCUGUUCACUCACUGUACAUAUCUCAUUGAAUAGGCAUAAUGUCACUCAAAGUUCAGAUGUUUGACAAUUCUAUAUAAGGAAAACCAUGAAAAUUGAAAAAAUCGUUUUAUCUAUAAUUGAAAUAAAAUAUAUUUUCUUGUCAUUUCUACCAUGAUACACUUUAGUGAUACAGAACAACUAAAGAGGCUUUUUGUCUCUAUACCAUUGGUGUGUAAACAAUAUUAUAUAUAUUUAACAUUAUACUCAUAUAUGAUAGAAAAAUAUUAAAAGGUAUAAUUUUGAAAAAAAAAACAAACACAUAAUAAAAAGCAUCACAAUCACAACAAUCAGGUUUAUUUGUUUAUUUACAUAGUACACAACAUUUAUAAAAUACAGAUAUAAAAAGCAUGGCCAAUCUAUCACAGAUUUAUAGGAGACUAUCUUUAUACAACUUUAAAAAAAUACUUGAUAAAAUCAAAAAUACAAAUGAUUAAACAUUUUUAAUUGUUACUGAGUAUAUUAUUUUCUUAUUUAUAUCUUCAAAACUCUAAUGAUAUACAUUUUGUAUUCCAUCCUGACAUAUAUACAUUGAUAAAAUAUGACGUUGUAAUAAAUGAUGUGUGAGACAGUAACAUUUCUUUACCUUUACUUGUUUAAAAAAAAUAAAAAAAAUUAGAUUACCAUUGCUAAUCCAUACUUUAAGACCUGCCCUAAAAUCAUGAAGAUUAAGAUAACUGUUUAAAAAAAAAUGACAUACACCUAUAAAGACCUAUAUCAACCCUGAUCAGACCAGAGAUUAACUGAUUAGCAAUUACUAAAUGGUUAUCUACAUUUAGCUAAAUAAAUUUCCUUUAAAAAAUAAUAAAAUGAUACAACAUUUUAUGUACAUUUUUAAAAGAAUUCUACAUUUAGAUAAAAUAUAUUUAAAUAAGCGUAACCUUAUUAAUGAUACAAAGUAUCAAAACAUGAGAGAAGUAUAUUAUAGCAGGUUUUGGCAGUUAAUUUGGCAAUUUCGGAAUUUGUCAUAUAUCAGUUUUCAUAUUUGUUAUACUUUUAUUUUAUUCUUGUUGUUGUUUACAAUUGUUGAUAAUUGCUGUACUAGAUUUCACGUAACCUUGUGAAAAUGAUAAAUGGUAAGAUCCAAUCCACGGUUAAGCUUUCUUUAUCUGAUUGACUUUUGAUUUAUGUUGUAAAUAUAAUUGCAAUUUGUAAUGUAGAAAUGUAAUUUAUGUUGAUAAUUUUGAUACAAAACUUUGUGUUUGUAUUGUAUUUAAAGUUUUGCAUGUACGAAUAAAGAACGCAAGUAGUUGAAUUAGUUACCUGCAUUGAAACUGAAGGUCUAAUUUCUAAAAGCCCUUUUAAUAUUCAAAUUUUUAUCUUAAAAAGUAUCUCGUAAAUUUUAAAUGUAGGCGUCCUUUAAGGCAUAUAACUGACGUGUAUACGUUGUCAUUUCUUCAGUUCCCUCUAGUGCCCAUUAGGAUGGUCAUACAUUAAAUUAAUAUCAAAAUGACUAUUGUAAUUUUAACACUUAUUUUACAGACAAUUAGAGUUUAUAUAUACAUUGUAGUAUAGUAUAUGCAUUGUAGCUAUCAUUUGCAAGGCUAGACAUUUCUUAUUGUUUGUAUUCCCGUAUCUGCGUGCAUUAAAAUAACAUUUGUUUUAAUGUAUCAUAUUCUGUUAUUUAUAAUAUACAAAAAUAUGUUAGAAAAAAUAUUGAAAGGUAUUGUUUUGAAGAAAAAAAAAAUCAGAAAAACAAAUUAAAAAUGAAUAAAUAAAAAGAUAAAUAAAUUAAAAAAAACAACAACAAAAAAACAACAACAACAUAAAAGCAAAAAAAAAAAAUCAGAAAAAACAAAUUAAAAAUGAAUAAAUAAAAAGAUAAAUAAAUUAAAAAAAACAACAAAAAAAAACAAAACAACAACAACAUAAAAGCAUCUCAAUCACAACAAUAUUUAAGUAAAGCAUUUAAAUUUAUUGGCUCAUUUCAUAUAUCAUUUUAUUUAUUUUUUUUUUGGAGAGGGUGGGGGUAUUCCUUGUUGUUGCUCAUAAUUGUUGAUAAUUAUUAUACUUGGUUUCACGUAACUUUGCGAAAAUUAUAGAUUGUAAGAGUGUAAGGUGUUGUAUUUUUAUUCAGUCCACGAAAAAUGUUCUUUAUAUGAUCAAAAAUAUUGCUAUGUUGUAAAUAUAAUUGCAAUUUGAAAUGUAAAAUUUAUGUUGAUAAUUUUGAUACAGAACUGUUGUAGAAAAACUGCGUUUGUAUUUCAAGUUUGGCAUGUUAUCUUUGAGAGAAUGACUUUGUAUCAUCAGAAUGCAUUAUGCCGACUGUUAACCUGAUGUUUUUUUUGUGUUUUUUUGGGCGUUCUAUUAUUAAGUAAUCAAGUUUUCUCUAUUUUAUGUUUUGAAAUGUACAGUUUUCGUUAAUACUAUCAUAUUCUGAAUUAAUAUUUACACUUUUUUCUAUGCAAGAUUUGGUUUGUACUUUAUUCCUAAUCUGCCAAAGGUAUUGUACUCAACACUCAUAUAAACAUGACCUAAAAACAUAUCAAAACAAUAGCAACUAAAAACUUCAUAAAGUAGCAAAAAACUAUAAAGAGUUUAUUAAGGUUGAUUUAGAGCAAACUAAAGACAUUGGUUUCUGAGUGUGUGUUAUUAGCUUUUUUGUUUAUAGAUAUGUAUUAAAUUACGUAACAACACUUUAAAACUUAUCAAUGGUAAAAUAACCAGAAUUACAUAUACAUUCAAUAGUUAAUGAACAUAUAUGAAGCUGCAAAAAAUGAUGAGUUUACUGUUUGAAAUAAAAACAAUGCAGGACAUUUUCAUGGAAAAAUCAACUACUGAUAUCCAAACAUGUUUUAUUUAUUCAAUAUGCGAAAUAACACGAAAUGGCAACUUAACAUUGAAAUAACUUAAAUGCUACAAGAAGGACGGUGUGUCGACAGAAAGCAGCAAUAACUAUGGUAUAUACCAAACACUGAUCACAAUGGUGAAAAUCAAAUUGAUAGUUUUUUUCUGCAUUUAGGGUGUAUUUCUGUUUGCAAAUUGCAAAGUGUUUAGAUUUAUGAAGUUGACUAUUGUUUGUAUAUAACUUAUUUCGUUUAUUUGUGCAAGAUAUUUUGUUUUGAUUAUUUGUUUUCACCAAUUCAUUUGUAAGUUUUCCGUGUUUAUUAGCUUUAGAAUAACAUUACUGUAAGACGUUUUAUUGUUUCUAACAAAGGUUUAAUUAAUACGCAUAAUAAAAACAUUCAUGUAAAUACGGUAAAAUACAUAUAUUGAUAUAAACUUAACAUCUUUAUGGUAGUUUAGCUAAAGUUUCUCUGGCAGAUAGUUUCGUUUCUUAAUCAAUUUCGCUUGUUUAUGAUAACGCUACAGAAAAUAACACUGAUUGCAUAUUUUUUAUUAUUCAGUAAUUGUUCUUUUUGGUCGACGUAAUUUUCCAGUUGAUUUUUAGACAUUAUAGUACAUUGGUAUUUGAGUGUUACUUUUGUUUUCAUACUUUAGCAUUUUUUUUGCUUUUCACCGCUUUUCAACAUUUAAGAUGCUAUGUAUUAGCCUUUUCUUUGUAUUUGUAUAUUAACAGAAAUUUUGAGUUUUUAUUUAAAGAUAUACUAUGCUCAAAUUUGAUAUUGGAAAUUAUUGAUAAUUGCUACACAGUCUCUUUGUAAAUAUAAAAUAAACAUGUGAAGCAGAUGUGUAAUGUUUAAAACUCUACAUACUAUAGGUGGUCACAAUAUGAAUAUAUAGUGUCAUUAAGGAGACUGGCAGUUUUUUUUAAAGAAAAUGCCAACUUUGCUUGACCGUAAUAGGGAAAGCAGCUUCCCAUACAUUGUUUAUUCAUUCUUUUAUUCAAAUUAGACAUUCAAUAACAAUUUUGUAGAUUUCAAUAAAUUUCCAUUAUUAAAAUAUUUUACCCGAGGAUCGGCAUAGUAUAUCUUUAAUUACGGUUUUUCUUUUGUAUUUUGUUUGCCAUCCCUAUUAUAACAUUGUUAUAACAUUGUCAUAAGAUUGUAGCUAUUGCACUGUUAAAUACCAUUUAUUCAAAUGAUUGCAUAAAUAUGCAAAUUGUAAUCAAUCAAUUGCAUCAUUAACCCGAUAUUGUGACAUACUGUCAUUAUUUCAAGAGGAAAAACAACACCAUUUGUCUUUUGCAUUAUCAUUUCUUGGAUAAAUCACACGAAAUUAAGAUUAUUAUUAAAUUAAGAUAAGAACUUAGAUAUUUAUCGUAUCCUAAAUAUUAUACAAACGCAAGUAUUUGUUAAUCAACUAAAACUGUGAAUUACAACUUCGCAAAAUAUGGGCCUUAGCAGUGUCAAAGUAUCAUGAUAAUUAUUACAUAUUUUUUGAGAUUUUUUUGGCCAUUACUACUCAUAAAUUUCAUAAAAAGAAGAUGAAACAUAACAUUACAUACAUAAUUUUUGAAACAAAAUGUCUUUGAAUUAUAACGAAUCCAAGCAAGGUGGUUAUCAUUUUAUGUACUGAUUGUUUAUCAUUUUCAGUGAUUCACACAUGCUGUAUGGCAUUCUUAGGUUUUUACACAAGUUUUAUCAGUGUCUGUAUAGUAUUUUACAGUUUCUUUCAACAUUCUUUUGUUUUAGAAACAAAUUUCAGCUUGUGUGUCAAACAUCAUCAUCAUUUCUAACUCUGUUGUGUACAUAUUUAGAUAUUUAGAGGAAAUUGUAACUUUGAUUCAUAACUGAUUUCUAAAUAAUAUAAGAUUUAUUGAGUUUAGUUCCAGAGAUGUAGAUAACAGAGAUAAACAACUCCUAUAUACUCCAUUGAAAUUUCACUCAUGCCUAUCAAAAAGUGAAAAAUUCGGCAUUUUGUAGCAAGUAAAAUUUAAUGGAUGUACAUUUGAUCCUAUUAUGUUAUACACCAUUUAAAGCUAAUCCUUUUAUCUAUUGCUGCAUGUUAUAAUAUAGAUAACUUUCCAUGUCUUUCACUUAGAAAAACAAAGCAGAACAUACCCACUGAGCCAGUUUUUCAUCAUAUGAAUAGUUUUGUAACAAAAAUUUAUAAGUAUUUUUCUUCAAAAAUUGAUGUUUCAUUUAUUAAAAUUGGGAAAUGUAAAUGUUUUUACCUGCAGACAUAGACAAAUACAUAAGCUUUCCGAAAAUGAUUUAGUUAUCUGGUAAAAUUUUACAUGCUACAGGUUUUAAGUUUAGCACGCACACGUGCUAUCUUAAUUGGCUAAGAAGUUGCAUAUCUCUGUUAUCUAUGUCUCUGUAAUUUACGGUUCAUGGAGUCAAAGAAUAAGAUUGUAUCAUAGAGACAAGAUGUUUGAAAGUUUUGUAAUUAAUGAAAAUGGAAAAAUAAAUCAGUAAUGAAUCAAUA